AUGGCCGGAAAAUGCAUCUCAGCAAUAGGACUUGGCGCUUUAAUAGCGGUCGGCAUCACCCAUGGCGUUGAAUGCAUCCCGGCGGACAACCGACCCGUCUUGCUCAGCCUGUACGGUAUCGCCAAUGCGUUGGGGGUUUUCAUCGGUGCUUGCAUCCUUGUUGGCUCGUCUAUGUUGGAGCCUGUCACCAAUGAUUGGCAGUGGAAAGUUCUCGUGUUGAUCCAAAUUCCUGCUGGAGUGGUGCUGGCAGGUCUGGUCUGGCGCUUUCCAGAGUCCCCUCGAUGGCUCUUGAUCCAGCAUCACGUAGACGAAGCACACAGGUCGUUUGCAUUCUAUUUCAACGGAGUCCCUGACAGCUCCAGGAUUGAGACCUUGGUACAGAUUGUUCAAGGCCAUCUCCGGCACGAAGAGGUCAGCCGCCACUCUACGUCUUGGACCGAUAUUUACAGAGGACGCAACCUACGCCGCACGCUACUCUCUGGUUUCAUCCUGACCAUGUUGGCCCUGUGUGGCGUGCAGUUCGUUCUCACCUAUGGCACGGUCUUCCUGAUGCAAGCUGGUAUUAGCAACGUUUAUGUCACGAACGUUGCCAUCUCGGCAUGUACUUUGGCUGGCAGCCUGCUGUCGCCAGUGUCCCUCGAGUAUGCUGGCUGUCGGGGAUCUGUGUUGUGGAGCUCCGCCGCAACGGCAUUCUGCAUGCUGACCUUUGCUGCGGUCAGCUCAGGUUCGGGCGCAGACAGUGAAGUGGCCAGGAAUGUCCUCGUGACAUUCAUUUGCUUGUGGGCAUUCUGCUUCGGAGCAGGACUCGGCGGUGCCGCGUGGCUUACUUCGUCUGAAAUGCACUCCUUGCGGCCCAGGACGUACGGACAAGCCAGCUCAGCAGCUGUGUAUCAAAUCUGGUCUUUUGCGGCGACAUUCUGGACGCCUUACAUGCUGCGGCUGGAGUACGGAAACAUGGGGACCAACGUGGGAUAUUUCUACUUCGGGUUGACUUUGGUCAUGUUUGUCCUCGCUUUUCUUUUUGUGCCAGAGACCGCCAAGUUGAGCUUGGAGCAGAUCGAUGAUUACUUCAAUUCGGGAAGACCUGCGUGGAGAACAUCUUUGAGACGCAACAGAGACGCAGGUGCUUGA